CCGCUCGCAAGCCCCGCCCCCCGCCCGCAGCGUGUCGCGUCUGAGAGAAACAUGAAACAUGGAUGAGGAGGUCGCCGAAAGUUGGGAAGAAGCGGCUGAUAGUGGGGAAAUGGAAAGACGGUUAGAGGAGAAGCUCAGGAUCGCCCAGAGAGAAAAGAACUCCAGUAUCGGUUCAACGAGGUCCCCUCUGCGGACUGCAAUGGUGAUACAGGAUGAGUCCCAGCCAGCAGCCCCCCCUCCUCAGAUUCGCAUCUUGAAGAGACCCACAAACAAUGGGACGCUAGGCUCCCCCCUGAACCAGAGCCGGCCCACUCCCCAGGUGAAAUCCCUGGCUCAGCGCGAGGCUGAAUACGCAGAGGCCCGCAAGAGAAUACUGGGGAGUGCCUGCCCCGAAGACCCCCCUCAGGACAAGGCCAGCACCGACCGCAAGUCGGGGCGCAACAAUAACUCAACACUGCCUUCAGAGGACUCCCGAUCAAACAACCAUGUGGUGCGCCAGCCGGUGGGCCCAGACAGCACCCAGGGCUUCAGGCAGCACAGAUAAACAGCCCACAGGAGCUGUUCAGCGGAGGGAGCAGAACCACCCCAAAGACUAUGUACUUCCUCCUCUGAACAGCAGGGGGAGCUCUCCUCUUCUUCCCCAUUUCCAGUCUGUGAACACUGUGAUGAGGACUCACUGUGAUGAUGAUGAUGAUCCCUUUAAGAAGUGCCCCCGGCGGUUUCAGGCACCCUCCAAACAAAAAGGAAGGACUUUUAAAGCAAAUUGGAUGGGGGCUGGGCGGGUACUUUACAGCAAUAAUCUCACACAACUUCUCACGGUUUUGUUUCUCCUUAAACUUUUCUAGGGAUGCACUGACACAUGGAUUUUAAUUUUCCAUAGCAGAAUGGAUCAGUAUAUCAGAUUAAAGUCACAGAUAUGUUCUUCAGUAUGGUUUGUAGUCUUAAUUGAUACCAAAGUUCCUAUUCAGCGCCACCUGCCUUAAAGAUGCUCUGCGGAACUUUUCUGUAGGAGGGUCCGCUAACUUCUUGUCUCCAUUAUUGCUUUGCCUGGAAUGUUCCAUGGUAUAACAUUAAACAUAUCCAUUUUGCAUUUAUUCAUUACGGGUGUUUCUGUUGCUCAAAAAUACAAUAAUUCCUUCUGAAUAGGGGCAACUCUCCACAGAUCUGAACUGUAAUGUAGCGUAGUGCUGUAACCUGCUUGUCUCCCUUUCAAUAGAUACGUUUAAUCUAUACUGUGGAACAUUCUAGACAAAGCAAUAACAUUUCCAUGGAGACAUGCAGGUGGUGGACCCUUCACCAGAAAUGUUAUGCAGUCCACCUUUAAUGUUUGUUCCUUUGUUUCUCCAAAAAAAAAAAAAAGGAUUUGGUGGAAUUUUUAAUGUUUUUUUCCAUGGUUUUCUAAUACUGUGCACCUCUGAACAGUAUUUAUUCUAGUAAAAUUGUGUAAUUUAAGCAAAACACGUGAACAUUUACGAACAUUUACUGUAAAUCUUCAUCGUUUCAAACACCACAGGGUUAUAGGCUCUAUUCACGCUUACGUUACAAACCAGGAAGACCUUUGGAAACAUGCAACGGCAACUUCCGGCGGGCUCUGUUUGCGGUAGUAAGUCUGACAAAAUCUAGGAAAAAUUUGAAAAUUACGCAGUUUUCUUCAUCUACUUGUCAUUGUAGCGUUCUUUUAUGUUCGUCUAAUCAACAAUUACAACCACACCUCGGUUUUCAUCAUUUCCUCACUGACGCACAACUCCGAGCACACUGGGUGCAUGUGAUUAGAAGAGAUGAGGCGCCAAAUUCAAGAUGAUUCCAAACAGCACAUACAUAUGCAGUCUUCAUUUUACCGCUGAUCACAUUUACUUCAAUUGGUUUUAAUAGAUCCACAGUGUCAGCAACCACACCAGAAGUUGUCAUCGCAUGUUUCCAAACAUAUUCUUGGUUUGUGACAUAAGCGUGACUAGAGCCUAUUCGCAAAUAUAGUUGAAGAUCUUAUGAUAAUCCUUAAAGGUGCACUGUGUAACUUUUCUAGUGGAGGGUCCAUCAAAUGCUUUUCUCCGUGGAAUUGUUAUUGCUUUGUCUGGAAUAUUUCACAGUAGGGUAUUAAACCUUUCUAUCUCUCUGGAGACCAAACCAGGCCAAGUUUCAGGUCAGAUCUGUGGAGAGGCAACCCCGCUCACAGUCAGAAUGUCUGUUUUUCUAAGUAUUUUUGAGCAAUUAACGUAAGGUAGAUAUGUUUUAAUAUCAUACUGUGGAACAUUCCAAGCAGAGCAGUGACACAGUGCACAUUUACACUCAGAUUUCUUUGCAGAUGUUGUCAGUGUGUCUCUAGCAAUAGCCAUUUUUAAUCAAAGGUGAUGGUUGUGUCAAGUUUAAUGUAAUAUUGACUUUUGUUUACAUUGUUUUUUUUUUUUUUUAAACACCUUUUUUUAGCCGUCUUCCCCAGAUUUUUAAUUUCUAUUUAAAGUCAAAAUCGGCAUUUAGGUGGAUCAUCGAAUGGUUUUUGCUUUUUGUAUGAAUGGUGUCGGCAUUGUUUUAAUCCAAAAUCUUUUUAAUGUAGAUUCAGCCUCUGUGGGUUGAAUCAGAUUUAAAGGUAGGGUCAGGAAUUAAUUUCUUUCUUCAUAUUUUUGUCGCAAUAAACAUCACAUCUGUCACUUAAUACACAUAGGAUCUCAGGCACCAGUGAUUUGGGAGAGAUUGAAUGAAUGAAUGAACAAAGAUUGUAUUUUUGAACGCUUGGCCCCGGCUCUAUCCCUUUUUCCACAAAACCAUUUACCAUAAAGGUGCACUGCGUAACUUUUCCAGGUUGGGGGUCCUACACCAGUGGAGAGUUUAUUGCUUUGCCUACUAAUGUUUCAUAAUUUGGUAUUAAAUAUAAAAUGCAUUUAUUCAAUUAUGGGUGUUUUUAUUGCUCAAACAUGAAUUGUUACUGUGAGCAGGGUCGCCUCUUCACAGAUCUGACCUGGAAAUUGGCCUGGCGGUGUCUCUAUGGUAGGGGUCUCUAACCUUUCUCCUCCGGUGGGCUACUUUUACAAAACAAAAAUGCCAGAGAGCAUUUGAGACGAUUAUAAGAAAGAGGGCGAGCCUUUGGGUACAGUUAGAUGCAUAUAAAACCUAAACCAUUGUCCAUUUAUUUGUGCAUAAUGUCAAAAUUAUACUUUUACAAUGGUAAUAGGCAUGUAAUUAAAGAAACGUUUGUUAUUUAGCACAAUGGUAUAAUUCAGAAAUCCCUUGGCGAGCUACUUGGAAAGGGGUGGGGGAGCAACAGGUUGGAGACCCCUGCUCUAUGGGCAUUGAAAUGUUAAUGCCACACUCUGGAACACUGCAGAGGAAUUACAUCUCCAUAGAGAUAAGCAAAUAGUGGGCCCUCUAUUAGAAAAGCUACAUAAUGCACCUUUAACUGCCCCUGGCGUUUAGUUCAGUGUAGAAUCUUAAAGCCAUACUGAGUGGUGCACAUUGUCAGUAGAAAAUAAUUGUGAUGAUUGAUUUAAGCUUGUGCCUCCUGUGUCACACCUACUUACUGGUGUUUUAUUUUGCUGUAGUUGUUGAAUAUCAGAUCUCAGAAUAAUACUGGCAAUUUUCAGUUUAGGAAAUCCAGCAGCAGGAGAUGAGCUCUGAGUGAAACACAAACUGCCUGUACAUAAUGAUUUAAUAAAAUAAUUUGCAACAGA